AUGAUGAAUAUAACGGAAGAAUUUAUUAAACAAUGUUCAUUGACACUUGGACAAUUUGACAGUUAUUCUGUUAAUCUACUUGUGAAAUUAUUUCAUCAUCAAGAUGCUUGUACACAAUUAGUUGUUUUAUCAAAUAAUUUAAAAGAAAAAUUUGAAAAUUUAUUGACAAUUAAAAAAGAUCAUCAUGAAAAAUAUUAUGAUACACCAUUAACAAGAAUUGAAUUAGCAACAAUGAUACAUUUUAAAGAAAAAUAUUUAUCUGAAUUAAUAAUAGAUAAUGAUAAUAAUCAAUUAAAAUCAAAUAUAAAAUUUUCUAUUGAUAAUGAAUUAAGUUUAGCAUAUUGUUUUUUAUUAGCACAAAUUGAUGAUCGUUUAUCACAACAGAAAUUAAAUGAAUUAAAAUUUUUAUUAAAAAUUCGACAACCUAUUGAUAAUUUAUAUGAUAUCUAUCAGAAUUUAGGUGAAAAAUUUCCAGAAUUUUUUUCUUUAUUAAUUCAAUGUCAAUUUUUUGCACAAAAAUUGGUUCUUGUUGAUCAAACUAUUCGAUAUUUUCAAUUAUUUAUUCAAAGAUAUGAAGAUUUUUUAAUCACAUUUGAAAAGCAUUAUAAAUCAUUAUUAUAUAAUGAAAAUAAUAAUAUACAAACGGAUGCUAUACUAAAUCAAAAUGAUCCUCAUGCAGUUUCAUUAUUUAUGACGAAAUUUUUAUUUUCAAGUCGUGAACAAAUAAAAUCACCAAUAUCAUCACUUGUAGAACAAGUUCAAAAAGCACCUAUAUCACCGCCACAACCACCACCACCUCCAUCAUCAUCAUCGAAUGUGCCAGAAAAAGGUUUAUGUGUAAUAAUUAAUAUUAAAGCAUUUACUUCAUCUUAUGAUAUUCACACACCUCAACGAGCAGGAUCAGAUAAAGAUGUCGAUCUGAUUAAAGUUAUUUUUAAUAAAUUAAAAUUUACAAUAUUAGAAUGUAAAUUUGAUUUUACAAAAGAUCAUCUUGAUAAAGCUUUAAAUUAUAUUGAUGAUCAAGAUGCAUUUGGAAAUUUUGAUUGUCUUGUUAUGUUUAUUAUGUCUCAUGGACUUUUACAUUCAUUUUUUACAGCUGAUUCAAAAGAAGUUAUUAUACGAGAUAUUGUAAAACGUUAUGCUGAUUCAUCAUCAACAACUAUUUGGACUGGAAAAUCACGCCUAUUUUUUAUUCAAGCAUGUCGAUCAGAAUGGCCAGAACAUUUGCAAUGUAACCAACGUGAAGGUGUCACAAAAAAUGAUUUAUCACCAAAAAUGCUUGUUGCUUAUUCUUGUAGUGCAAGCGAAGCAUCAAAACGAAGUCCAACUACAGGGUCAUCUUUUAUUCAAGUACUUUGUGUCAUGUUACUUCGAUAUAGUUAUCAUUUUCAAAUUCAAAAUAUUCUCGAAUGGACUUCUAAAUUUGUUAUUAAACGUGAUGAACUUAGUGCACAACAUAACAAACCAGUAUCUAUUCAACGACCAGAAUAUAUUGAACGAGAAUUUAAUUCAAAAUUUCGAUUUUCAAAUUAUUGUUUAUAUGAUACCUAUCAUUCAUGGGAUACUAAAAAAAAAAUACCUGUACAAAUUCCUUUGAGAAUUUGGAUAGAAAUUUAUGAUUUAAUACUUCAUAAUCCUAUAAUUAAUCAUUAA